GGUGAAUUUUCAAGCCGUCGACAUGUCUUCUAAGACUCUAUUCCUUUCGUGUCUCGCGGUUCUCCUUAUCAAAGGAUCACAUGGAGCAAACAUUCUGGCAAUAUUUAGUUUUCCUGCUCCUUCGCAUUUGAUUGUGGAAAUGUCAAUGGCCAAAGUGUUGGCUGAGAAUGGCCAUAAUGUCACGGUGGUCACAUCUUUGAAGCCUCAUGUAACUCACAGGAAUCUCAACCAUAUAUACGUGCCUCUGACUGAGAAGGAGCACGCAGCACAUGAAGCGAGCAUAGCCAACAUGACUGAGAGAGAUAAUUCGAAUCUGAUUACAGCUCUUUUUCACAUGAGGAAUGAAAUUUAUAUCGUGAAUAGCAUCAACUUUAAUGUCAUGCAAAAUCAACGCGUUCGAGAUCUGUACGAGAACAAGGAUAACAAAUUCGAUCUCGUGAUGGUCGGUUUCUGCUUUAACAACUUUCAAAUCGGCAUCGCUCAGAAGCUGAAGGUACCAGUGGUGGUGGCGACGUCAAUGUUCCCAUCGAAAAUAUUCGACUCAAUGCUUGGAGGUAUACCAACGCAAUCCUAUGUUCCAUCAAUGUUUCAUUCCAUCGAAAAAGGUCAAGUAAUGAGCUUAUUGCAACGAAUAAAAAAUUACCAGACAAUCAGUAUGAUCGAAACAAUUAGGUGUCUUAUUGACAUGGAUAAUGCUAGAUAUUACGAGAAACUCUAUGGCGAUGAUCCGACUAUGCCAAAAUAUGAGGAGCUCAACAAAAAUGUGUCACUUGUCCUCUUCAAUUCGCAUAGCCUUAGUGAAGGCCCCAUUCGACCCAAUUUCCCAGCAGCGAUUGAAGUUGGAGGCAUUCAAAUUAAGGAAACACCCGAUCCCUUGCCAAAACCGAUUGCUGACUUUUUGCAAAAUGCUACACACGGAGCAAUCCUUCUUAGCCUGGGCACCCAUGUAAAGGGAGCCUAUGUAAAACCCGAGACAAUUGCAAAAAUGUUUAAUGUGCUGUCCAAGCUGAAACAGAAAGUUAUCUGGAAGUGGGAGGAUCUGGAUAAAACUCCUGGAAAAUCGGAUAAUAUUCUCUACUCCAAGUGGCUGCCACAAGAUGAUAUUCUAGCCCAUCCCAAUAUUAAGCUCUUCAUAAAUCACGCUGGAAGAGGCGGCAUCACGGAAUCUCAGUUUCACGGAAAGCCUAUGCUCUCUUUGCCAGUGUUUGCCGAUCAGCCCGGUAAUGCUGCUAAGAUGGUUAAGGAUGGAUUUGGUUUGAGUAUGAGCUUAUUAACCCUGGAAGAGAAGCCCUUCCAUGAUAACAUCAAAGAAGUUCUCGAGAAUCCCCAAUAUACGGAAAAKGUAAAAGCAUUCUCCCAGCUCUUCCGUGAUCGCCCAUUGACAGCUCGUCAAACCGUGCUCUAUUGGAUUGAAUAUGUUCUGAGGCAUCAUGGAGCAGCCCAUUUGCAGAGUCCCCUCGUCCAUAUGAGCUUCAUAGCAGCCAAUAAUUUAGAUAUUUAUGCAUUGCUAAUUUCCUUCGUAAUUGUUAUCUGGUUUCUCUUGAAGUUAGGACUUAAGUUUGUGUAUGAAAAUAUUAGUGGAAAAUGGAAAAGUGGCACGAUUGCUAAGCCAAAGAAACUGAAAACAAGUGUAGUUCAGUUAGCGACGAAUAUUCUAGCCGGGAACAUGUCGCUAAAGUUUCUAUUGCUCUCGCUUCUCGCGGCUUUCUUUAUCAAUGGAUCGCGUGGGGCAAACAUUCUAGCAGUAUUUAGCUGUCCCUCUCCAUCUCAUCUGAUUGUGGAAAUUUCAAUGGCCAAGGUGUUGGCUGAGAACGGACAUAAUGUCACGGUGAUCACAUCUCUGAUACCUCAUGUGACCCACAAGAAUAUAAACCUUAUACACGUGCCACUCACCGAGGAGGAGAACAAAGCCAAGGAGGCUAGCAUAGCCGGAAUGGUUGAGAGAGACAACUCUGAUCUUAUUGCGGCUGUAUUCCGCAUGCGGAAAGAAUUGUUGGCAAUGUUUGACAAGAGUCGCGAUGUCAUGAAAGAUCCACGUGUCCGAGAUCUGUACGAGAACAAGGAUAACAAGUUCGAUCUCGUGAUGGUCGGCUACUUCUUCAAUACCUUUCAAAUAGGCAUCGCUCAGAAGCUGAAGGUGCCAGUGGUGAUAGUAACUUCAAUGUUCCAAUCAGAGCUAUUCGAUCCCAUGCUCGGGGAAAUUCAAAUCCAAUCCUAUGUUCCGACCAUGGGUGUUUCCGUCGAAAAAGGUCAGACAAUGAGCUUUGGACAGCGCUUAAAAAAUUACAUAUUACUUAGUGCAUUUAAAACAUUUAUGUACCUUAUGGACAUGGAUAAUGCAAAAUAUUACGAGGAGAUCUUUGGAAAUGAUCCAACUAUGCCAAAAUAUGAAGAUCUCUACAAAAAUAUAUCCCUUGUCCUAUUCAAUUCUCAUGGCAUUAGUGAAGGUCCCAUUCGACCCAAUUUCCCGGGAGCGAUUGAAGUUGGAGGCAUUCAAAUUAAGGAAACACCCGAUCCCUUGCCAAAACCGAUUGCUGACUUUUUGCAAAAUGCUACACACGGAGCAAUCCUUCUUAGUCUAGGCUCAAAUUUGAAAGGAGCAUUUUUGAAGCCGGAUACAGUUCAAAAGAUGUUCAAUGAGCUGUCCAAGCUGAAGCACAAAGUUAUCUGGAAGUGGGAGGAUCUGGAUAAAACUCCUGGAAAAUCGGAUAAUAUUCUCUACUCCAAGUGGCUACCACAAGAUGAUAUUCUAGCCCAUCCCAAUAUUAAGCUCUUCAUAAAUCAUGCUGGAAGAGGUGGCAUCACGGAAUCUCAGUUUCACGGAAAGCCUAUGCUCUCUCUGCCUGUCUUUGGCGAUCAACCCGCUAAUGCUGAUAAGAUGGUUAAGGAUGGAUUUGGUUUGAGUAUGAGCUUAUUAACCCUGGAAGAGAAGCCCUUCCAUGAUAACAUCAAAGAAGUUCUCGAGAAUCCCCAAUAUACGGAAAAUGUAAAAGCAUUCUCCCAGCUCUUCCGUGAUCGCCCAUUGACAGCUCGUCAAACCGUGCUCUAUUGGAUUGAAUAUGUUCUAAGGCAUCAUGGAGCAGCCCAUUUGCAGAGUCCCCUCGUCCACAUGAGUUUCAUAGCAGCCAAUAAUCUAGAUAUUUAUGCAUUGCUCUUAUGUCUCAUAGCUGUAAGUUGGUUCGCCUUUAGAAAAAUCGCCAUAUGUUUGUGUAAAAAGUUGGCCGGAAAGCCGAAAAAUGUUUCAAAGGCUAAAAAGACGAAGAAAGUGAAAACUAAAUAAAUUA